AUUGAUAUUCUUGCUAGCCAGUCAUGCCGCUAGAGCACAUAGUACGCCCAAGAUCCAUUGUGACCCAGCCAGCCAGCCAUGGGUAGUCAGGAGCUCCAAACAGGAGAUUGGCAUCGCAAGGAGCGCGUAGCACUUAAGGACUACAAGACGGGGUCGGAUGAUGAAUCCGAAUGAGCCAAGCGGAGUAGAAAGAAGAGGAAAAUAUCCCGGGAGGAAACUGGCGAUGGGGUCCGCGAGUACCGGAAAGCACACAAGCUGUCGGUGAAAGUGGGCGACGACCGGAAAGGCGAUGAGGAGACAUUGGAGUCGGAUGGUGCUGCUGGGGAACCAUACGCAGCCAACGUGCCUGGCGGGCUUUGAAGCCCGCCUAAAAUGAAAGGGAGUUGCGAAAAAUCUAUCGGGGAUCUCGUCACAAAUACAGAUCCCCUGGAGGCUGGUCCGCCAGAUAAGCGGCCCAAAACGGAGACGAAGAAAGAAUGCGCAGCGCGAGAGCGAGCUGAGCGGAAAGCGGCCAAGUAGUCCUCGGCGGCUGCAGAGAAGGCUGCUGAGGUGGAGGCCCAUACCCAGAACAACACGCCUGACAUGCCCGCCACACUGCACCCCACCUCUGGCGUAGCGGUUGCAAUGGAGGGGCCUGGCCUUCUUGGUGCCACCACGGAAUAGGUCGUUGGUGCUGACGCGGCACCGGUGGCGGACAAUCGUCCUAUCACGGCGGCUACCGAGGCAGACACCGGGGCAUGGGCGAUUCCGGAACCAGCGGCAGUCAUUACCGCUGUCGCGGGUCCGCCGAUGGCAAAAGCGGCGGUGUGCAACGGCCAAGGCACAGCAGCCACCAAGCUGGAGCAGCACGGCAAAAACCUGGCAGGGGGGGGAGGUGAGGGUGGGCCAAGCAAGGCGGCGGAGCCGGAGCUCGCUCAACCUCCCCCCCCCCACGCAAACGGCACCAGCCAUGAAGACACCGGGUCGCGAGGAAGUCCGCACCACGGCCUGCGCGUGUGACGUCCCAAAGGAAGAUCGGCGGAACGGUGACACUGGGGGCUGGGACCGGCGUGAUGGUGAUAGCCGUCGGCCAAGAGGCGAUGACUACGAUGCGUCUUGCGGUCAUGGCGGCACGGAUCCUGACCCGAAAGAAGAAGAAGCGCAAGGUCAGGCACCAGUCCAGCGACGAGUCCGCUUCCUCCUCCUCCUCCGACAGCUCCAACUCCGGGGAGACUUCGACUUUGGAGUCCAACUACUCAAGCCAGAAGGCUGAAAGCAGCGAGCAAGUGUCGCUCGAGAGUGAGUCGGACGGCGGGCGGCACCGACACAGGCACCACCGCAAGGACCGGCACAGCGCACGCGACCAUCGUGAAAGGAGAAGAGGCAGGGGGGAGGGGGGCAGGAGGAAGAAGAGGGGGAGCCCGUUGAAGCUUGUCAGUGACCCCACGCGGGGGCAGGGGAGAGGGGACAUGGGUGGCCGGCACAAGGCCCCGGUGGCCAAGAAGACCACCACUCCAUACAAAUGUUGGGACGACGCAUCCUACAGUGGCUCAGCCUCGGAGGGUCCGCUGCUUGUUCGGCUCAAGGACAAGAAGAAGGUGGUGUUCGGGGCAUAUGGUCACCCAAAGGAGGAGGCGGCAGAGGAUGAUGGGGAUAGGCCCAAGAGAGGCAGGAGACAGGCGGACAACGCGGAGGACGAUGGUUUUGGCGCACCAGCAGCGAGGAUGGCAUACAAAACCGGGCGGGAGCUGCGCUUUGAGAAAACGACAAAAGAGACCCCCCCUCACGAAGAAAUGGAGCGCCCCUAGCUUACCAGUGGGAAGAGGAGAUCUGACCACGACCGCAACACUCCAACGACCCUGCGAGAUGGCGACGACACCUUGGGCGGCAUCCGUCCAUUCACGCCCCUCCCACCCAUUGCACUUGUCGCAAGGGCCACCUCACAACACCGGCAGGCGGGGAGGGUGGCGCGCCAGACCCAAGAGUAUGGGGGAUGCCCCCCCAUGGAGGAGAGGACCGAGCCCAUGCCGCGCCAGGCAGGCUUUGUUCCUCAUCAGGCGGGGAGUGUGGAUGGGAUGGCAUGGCGGGGCCUCAUCUUGGAGUCGGUGGCACGUGCUACAAGCGGGCUGCGCCCGGCUGCGCCCGAAGCUGCGGGGUCUGCCGAUGAUGCUGAGGCUAAAUGGCGUCGGACAAUGGGAGACGACCGUAACGCUGGCAAUCUCACUUGGGAUUCCCUUGCACGCAUGAAGGAGAUGUCUUCAGACCUGUCCGCCACCCGCAUGUUCACACUUCUCCGCGACGCGGCUAUGGAGGUUGUGUAGCUGAGGAGGUCCGGGGUGCAACACCUCCCGCGUUUGGGUUCGGCCUCCAGCGACCAAGACGAGGCGGGCGGCGAGAGUGUGGGGGGUAACCGCCCACAACUAGGGAGGCGUGGCAUGCACCCCUUGAAGCUCAUUCCUAUGGCGCCCACACCAUCCUAUCUCUACGGUCGCUAGUCGCGACGCUGCCUGCCCACCCGCGCGGAUGGUUCAGCAGCCUCGCUCCUGGCCUACCCUACCCCUCUGUCCACCCCCCCACACCCUCCCACCUUCCCACCGCCUCCCCAAUCCACCUUUUUGCCUGUCCUCGGGAGAGUCUCUCAGACCCCACAUACCCAGCGCCCCUCUAUACCCCUAAGUACAUAAAGUAUUUUUCACGGU